UGGCACUUGCUGCAAAUUUCCGUUCCCCUUCCAGACACAGAACAGGAAAACAUCUCAACAGUCAGAGACAGACGACAUGGCUGACGAAAGAACCUUCAUUAUGGUGAAGCCUGAUGGCGUGCACAGGGGUUUGGUUGGUGAAAUCAUUAAGAGGUUUGAACAGAAGGGAUUCAAACUCGUUGCCUUAAAAUUCGUUCACGCGUCAGAGGAUCAUCUGAAGAAACACUACGAAGCCCUGAGCAGCAAGCCAUUCUUUGGGGGACUUGUCAAGUACAUGUCAUCUGGCCCUCUCGUGCCGAUGGUUUGGGAGGGAAAGAACGUUGUGAAGACGGGCAGAAUCAUCUUGGGUGAGACCAAUCCAUUUGACUCCAAACCAGGCACCAUCAGGGGAGAUUUUGGAAUUGAAGUUGGAAGAAACAUUUGCCAUGGUAGCGAUUCAGUGGAAAGUGCAAAGAUAGAGGUUGCCCUCUGGUUCCACGACGCUGAACUCCUCAACUGGACCCCUGUGGCUACUCCCUGGAUCUAUGAAUAAAUAAAUUUGAAUAAAUUAAUAAAUUUUGUAUUUUAAUUAUUGUUAUCGAGCUAAUUUUAAUAAAGUUUGAAAGUUUUGGAUAUGUUUUGUUAAUAGCUGGUUAGCUAAUGUUUGUUUGAAGUUUGUUUUUGGACAACGCUUACUGUUAUGGUAUCAAUUAGCUCUGGAAUCAAGACAGCUCAAACAUUAUUAGGUAGAUUAUUUGCGAUGGCCUUAUGGCCACAUUGGCAUUUGCAGUGUUUUCUCAUGUGUUUUAAAGUUGAAAAUCUCAUCUUACAAUACGUUAUAUUUACUU